AUGUACACCUGUAUCUCCUGUGGCGCACCGGGCCAUCCCCACUGCGAGUCCUGUGGGCAAAGAUCGACUGCACUGUCCCCGCCGGCACCAGUUUCAUUUCCACAGCUUCUUUCAGCCGCCCCUAACAAGAUCCCAUCAGUCGAAGCAAAGAAGGAGCUGGAUCCCAAGGAUCUACAAGAGAUCGGGGAUGUGGUCUUCCAAGACCACAAAUGGGAGGAGGCACUUCAACUGUUAAAGGCACGAGAAGGCUGGGGGAGGUCAGCCGCGAAGGAGGUUCUCCUGCAAGGAGCCAAGAGCCUGGGAUUCUGGCACCUCCCAGAUGAGAGCUUGCGAAGUCUUGUGGAUCAAUUGCUGGGAGAUAAACCUGGACCAAGUUACGCCUUGCAGCAGUGGGCUGCGGAGUGGACGGACACGACAAUGGCCAGAGAUGGAAAGUCUGACAAUUCCCUCGCAGCCAGGCUAAACAGCAAAGAUAUCGCUGGGUCCGUAGAAACCCAUCGUUUCGCCCCUGACAUUGACAUGGACGUUGACAUGUCAAGCUCGCCACGAAAUUUUCAGAAGCCUCACUCUAUCGUCCCGGAUUGGCGUGGCCAUUUUGUCAGCCCCAACUAUUUCCGAUGCUGGAACAUUGGUAUCCACUUUGUCGUUUUCGGUCUUUCUGCGGCCUAUGCGUCGGACCUGGUCAUCGACAAGUACCCGGAUGCCGUCAAGCUUUUCAGUUGGCCCAUCUGGUUCGCGCGCCUAGGUGGUAUGGCCACUUCCAUUUGGUCAGCUUUGCUCUUUUUGACGAUGUCCCGGGCUAUGCUCAGCAGCACCUCCCGAUGCUUGCCGAAGUGGGCCAGCUUUCUCAUCACCUUCCUGGACUCGCACAAAGACUUCCACAUUGAGGCGGGCAAAGCAUUGUGCCUGUAUUCUUCGAUCCACGUGACUGGCCACACCAUCGGCACAGUCCCGGGCGUGAUGCAGAAGAGUGUGGCUGAGUUGAACCGACUGUUGGGAUGUGCGCAGGAUGAUCCUCCCUGGCUGGUGGACCUCGACUUGAGUCAGCUCUAUUGGCCAAUGUGCCCGCUGACCGAGGAGAACAAGCCGAAGACGUUCACUGAAGCCCUGUUCCUCACCGUUCCUGGCGUCACGGGAGCCAUGCUUACAGGUAUGUUGGCCCUGAUUGCUUUCACAAGCCGGCAGAGCUUUCGCAGCAAGCACUUUGAAUGCUUCUGGAACCUGCACAACGUGGCGAUCUUCACAUGGCCGAUACUUCUGUUCUUCCACGGCUCACAAGGUUGGGUUGGAGUCGGCAUUCCGCUGGUCGUCAUUGUCUCGGCCCUCCCCAUCGCGACCUAUGCCAUUGGCCGCAUCGCACGCCUCCUCCGCUACUACCUCUUCGUUGGGAAGGCCGUACGGAUCCUUCGCGCCACGGUGAGGUUGGGGAGGAAGGGCGAUGUCAACGGCUCUUUGACGCAGCUGGAGGUGACACCCCCUCCAUACUUGUGGAGUUUCCACGCUGGGAUGUAUGCGUUCAUCUGCAUGCCGGACUAUGCGCCGCUACAGUGGCAUCCCUUCACGAUUACCUCGGGUAAGGAUGAUGCAACCGUGAACUUUCUGGUGGCAGGCGUGGGCGACUGGAGCAACGAAGUGGCACGGCGCUGUCUGAAGGGUGAGUUGCCUCGUUUGGCUUUGGAUGGACCUUUCGUGUCCCCCACGCAGUCAGCCAUGGACAAGGAGGUGCUUGUUGCUAUCGGCGCAGGAGUCGGGGUCACGCCCUUCCUGUCCUUGCUCUCCACCUUUCUGGUGCAGCUUUCAGGGACCGAUGCGUCCUCGUUACUCGAGGCCCAUUUCUACUGGGUUACGCGGGAUCCGAGUGAGUUCAUCUUCGGCGCGCCUUUGCUACGGAACUGGCUCUCCCACCGUCCCUUGCACGCCAAGAUCGUGGUGCACCUUUACACCACGGCCAGAUGCCCUGAGAAGGACCUGCCUAGCUUCCUUUUCAAGGAAUGCCUCAAGCGACAGGGUGCAGUCGAUCGCCAAUACUUCAAGGCCGUCUUUCCUGAGUGGCAGCAACAGAAUCUGCAGGCUCCAGGUCCGCAAUUCCCCUGGUGCUGGGCAGAGGGUGGCCAGGAGGAGCUUUUGUGGGUGCCCUGCCCAUCCCGAGAUGAUUUCACGGAGAAGUUCUGGCUUGUCAGCAGUUCGUCUCCAGGUUCGGAGCUGUAUACCUCUCAGCAGAGUGACGCCGAGAAAGCUUCGGAGAAGAUCAUGAUGCCGGUGAACAUCGGCAGGCCCAACUUUCUGCGAGAUAUUGCAGCCAUCGGCCGGGCCCGGCCCGACAAAAGUCUCCACGUCUACGUCUGCGGCAAUGACGGACUCGUCCAUGACCUGCAAUCUGGGUGCCAGCGCAUUGCGAAGGAAGCUCUGGAACGGAACCCAGAUCAGAAGAACCUCCAGCAGUACCUCGUGCACUUCGAGCGCUUCGGAUGA